CACAAGUACUUGUGCUACAAUUGCCAACCCAAGUUUCAGCCAUGGACGUCCCCGCAAUGACCAAGCCUCUGGCGACCAAGCCCGCAAACUUGCUGGCGCUCUUUGGUCUCACCAAGGCGCCUUCCAAGGUCGUGCCUCAGACCGUGGACAAGCUGGUGCAGCGCAUUGCCGAGGAGGAUACCCAAUCUCUAGCGGAAGCAGCUCUGCGCAACCUGAAGUCCUACGUGGCUCAACAAGGUGCCAAAUGCCUCGAACUGCCCGAUGGCUGGAAGGCGACUGUGAAGGUCCGCUUGACCACCCGCAGCAGCGGCCGCACUGGCCGCACCACCACCAACUCCUACACCUCACCCUCUGGCAAGAUUUGCCGCUCCCACGCGGCAGUGGUGGAGUUUCUGCGUGCCUCGCGGUCGACGCCUGCUUCGUCGCCCGGCUCGUGCGGCCCGACCCCGGACGGGCUUCUAAGCCCUCCGCUCACGGACGUUUCGGACGCGUCCGACGGCGACGGCGAGCCGUGCGCCAAGCGCUGCCGCCACUAGAUGGCAUUGUGUGUUGUGCAUGUCGUGUGCGUGUGUUGUGCGUGUCCGCGUUCUGUGUCGUCACUGCUUGCUGUCGCCCUGCGCGCUGUGAAGCGCUAUCAGGGGGCCAGCGACGGUUGUUGUUGAGUGUCUACGGUCAUACCAGUCAGGCAAAGCCCCGAACCCGUCCGAUCUCGGAAGGUAAAACUGACUGGGCCCGUCAAGUAUGGUGGUGAGAGAUCACACCAGAACCACGCGGUGCCGUAGACCAUCAUAACGCUUCUCCAUGCGGGAGGCGCUCUUACGUGCUGGGUGCUGCACGUUUGAGUGCCCGGGUUCACCCCCGGAUGCGUUUCAGUGCUUGUGUGUGCACGCGCAAGUUUCAUGUGUAAGUGUGUGUGUGUGUUGGCUGGCCGUGGUGCCAACCGUUGUGUCUGAUGAAGGUGCUGGCGUGUGGGAUGCUAAGAACAGGUUGUCUCGCCUGUCUAGCAUUGGUGGGCUCAAGAAACUGGAUCUCAAAACCCGGUGUUUCUCAACACCUCCAUUGUUAGGUCCCGGAGGGCAAGCAAGGGUUGCUGCUGAGCACUAAUGUGUGUGUGCGUAAUGUGCCCCGUGGCGAGUGCAAGGCUCCCUGUCCAGCCGUCCUUUCGUCCCUGUGUCAGGGGCACAGCCCUACCACCGUACUGGGCACUCGAAACAGGCUGGGGAACACGCGGGACUUUGGGACAAGACUACACUAGGUUCCUUACACGCUCCAUGCAGGCGCCAUACAGACAGCGUCAUGCUGGCCAAGGCGUGCGAGCGCCCUAGGGGCGUACCGGGACACUGCUCACAUUACCGGUACAUCUAUAUUGCAUGCAUGGCGAUACAGCAUCCGCGGCCUUUUCAGGUUCAGGUUCUUGUUCUUGCCUUGCGUUGCAAAGAGCAGGUUGCCUCGCCUCGUGUAGCAACGGUGUUGCGCAGAAGUAAGUGAUACUCAAACCCGGUGUUUCUCAACACCUUCAAUGCCGGAGCCAGGAGGGCUAGCGCGUGCUGCCGCUGAGUAUGUGCGUAGGUUGCUUGACGGCAUCGGCAGCGGGCUCCGGGAGCACAGCAGAAAACCACCGUGAUAGCGGGUGGGUGGCCUUCGCCGCCUUGUGAUGGCAAAAGCCGCAGAGGCGCGGCGCUAUGGUACAGACUAGUACUUAGUAGGCGUAGACUACCCAGCAUCCCUGCGGUCUAUGGCAAGCCAUGACGAGAGCGCCCUCGGCACGGCCCUCGGGUUGCUGCGAGCAUCAGCGGGCACUCAAGAGGAUGUAAGGGCCAGCGGUCCGAUGCGCCUGUUGGAACUGUUAGGGAGGAUCACGAGGCCCAACAACAAAGGAAUGAGCAGAGCUGUCUUGAACCAGGGAUUGCUACAGAGCAGUGUCUUCCAACAACUGGCAAGCAGCGUCAGGGCGUGUCGUGACGUGUCGUGCCUUGACAGCAUGCACAAUUGCACACUCAAGUCGUGCGGUGGUGCAGACGUCCGCCCGCGUUGGGGUGGCUAGUUCAUUCGAGGGCUAUCGGCCAACGUGAACGCCACCCAGCAGAGGCGAAAGCUUGCCCAAGUGUUAAAACUGGGUCGCCAUGCCAGGGGGGGCUAAUGUGGGCGGAGCCCACCGGGUAACACACACGGUUAGUGUCGCGUGUCCUCCACGCGAAUGGGACCUUAUCGUACGGCAUGGUUUUGCGCUUGCCGUAUGACGCUGAUUCCCCGCCCCCCUCGCCGUGAGAGGUUGUGCGUGGUUGGUGGCUCUGUGUGUGGGCAGGAUGCACGUGUGGGCGACCGUUCUAGUACCUGGACGCUUGCGCCCUGGUUAGUGCGUGCGCUGUGCGUGUGUCCUGCGGCCUAGACGUUUCCCGGCACUCCUGUGCCUAGGCUUGUGGCGUUGAGGCACAGCGGUGGGGCUCUGGCGGGUUGAGGCUUGGCUAGGACUCACUGUGCGCGGAGUCACACGGACUUUGCCCGCGGGAGGGUUUGCAGCAAAGUCGGGGUUGGGCCCUGAUAGCAUGUGAUGGCUCGGCGUCUUCGGGAGCUGGGACUGUCCCCUCUGUAACAUCCGCAUCCUUAUCGUACCGUUCACCGAUCAAUGGCCUUUCAACGCUUGGCGCUCUGUGUUCUGGCCAGUCAGGGCCAGUCUGUCUAGGUUGGGCCUAGCGGAUCCCUGUUCGAGACGGGGCAGAGCCCGCAUUGACUCCUAGUUAGCGUCCGGCGCCAAUGCCAGGACUCGCAUUCCUCUUUAGCGCCUCCCGGGUUUCCGCACAGCAGGUGAGCUCCUUCGGGGCUUGAGUAUCACUCCUGCUACGGCUAAGUACGCGCGUAAUGUUCUCCUAACGCUCUGCAAUUUUGAGCAUGGGGUGAGCUUCUGAGCUUUCCUAGCUAUGCGACGAUGUGUCUGUCGAUGUGUCGGUGGGAAUUUCUGGGCUGAAGGGCUGGCGCACAUGUACGCCUGUACGGUAAUGCUGACGCUGCAGUCACCUUGGCAGCUACGACAAUAGACAGGGACCUGGUGGCAUCUGCCCGUUGCAUAGCUUCCAGAUUCUCCC